AUGCCCGGCCGCAAGAGCAAUGUGUCGACCACAUCCAACGGUCCCGAGGAGGUAGUCGACACCACUCCGUCAGCGCCCAAGCAGAGCAAGGAGAAGGAGGGCUUCAGUGUCGAUGUGAGCACUUCGGUCGUGGCAUCUCGAUCCAUGCUGACCAGUCCAAUGAUUUUGCGAUUAGCCAAAGGAGUCUUGCCCGCCAACACUCAAAUACACAAAGAUGCGCUACUCUCCAUGCACAAGAGCGCCACGGUGUUUGUGAGCUACAUUGCUUCGAACUCCAACGACAACGCACAAGCUGGUGGCAAGAAGACAAUAUCGCCUCAAGAUGUCAUGGCUGCACUCAAAGAUGCCGAGCUUGAAGGCUUCUUGCCACGUCUGGAAGCUGAGCUUAAAAAGUACAACGAGACACAGUGCGACAAGCGCAACACAUAUCGGCGGAAAGUCAAGGAGGAGAAGGCCGCCGCAGCUGCCAAGGACGGCACCGAUGCUGAUGUCUCCAUGAUAUCCAAAGAUGGUGAAGCAGCGAAAAGUGCGGAGGACGGAGCUGUCAAUCAUGAAGGUGAUGAUGAGGAUGCUGGACGACCGGCUAAGAAGCUCAAAGGCGCAAAUGGGAGCGCUGCUGCACCCCAAAUGUCUGACGACGUGGAUGACGAUGAUGGAGACGAUGAACAGGAAGCUGAAGAUAAUGACGACGACGCUGAUGAAGACGGAGCAGAGGACGACGUUCCAGACGAGGAGUCAGACGACGGAGACCAAACUAUGGAAGACGCUCUUGAGGAGCAGCCCGACCGAAGGGCGUUGCGGGAUGAAGCUCUGGACGAUCCAGACAGUGACUGA